AUGGCACAGAUUCUACCCAUUCGUUUUCAGGAACAUCUUCAGUUGCAGAGUCUGGGCGUGAACCCGGCCAACAUCGGGUUCAGCAGCCUGACCAUGGAGUCGGACCGCUUCAUCUGCAUUCGGGAGAAGGUGGGCGAGCAGAACCAGGUGGUCAUCAUUGACCUGAGUGACCCGGCCAAUCCCAUCCGACGGCCCAUAACCGCAGACAGCGCCAUCAUGAACCCCGCCAGCAAGGUCAUCGCCCUCAAAGACGCUGCACGCACACUGCAGAUCUUUAACAUGGAGAUGAAGAGCAAGGUGAAAGCUCACACCAUGACCGACGAGGUCAUGUUCUGGAAGUGGAUCUCUGUCAACACCGUCGCCCUGGUUACCGACACAGCUGUUUACCACUGGAGCAUGGAGGGAGACUCCCAGCCAGUCAAAAUGUUUGAUCGGCAUGCCAGCCUGGCAGGCAGUCAGAUCAUUAACUACAGGACGGACGAGCAGCAGAAAUGGCUUCUGCUUAUAGGUAUAUCUGCACAGCAAAACCGUGUGGUUGGAGCCAUGCAGUUGUAUUCGGUGGACAGGAAGGUGUCCCAGCCCAUAGAGGGCCACGCAGCUGCGUUUGGACAGUAUAAGUUAGAGGGCAACCCCAGUUCCUCCACUCUCUUCUGUUUCGCUGUCAGGGGCCAGGCAGGGGGCAAGUUGCACAUAAUUGAGGUUGGACAGCCUGCAGCUGGGAACCAGCCCUUUGCUAAGAAAGCUGUGGAUGUGUUCUUUCCCCCAGAGGCUCAGACUGACUUCCCUGUGGCCAUGCAGCUUGGUACUAAACAUGGUGUGAUCUACCUCAUCACUAAAUAUGGCUAUAUUCACAUGUAUGACCUGGAGUCUGGGGUGUGUAUCUAUAUGAACCGAAUCAGUGCAGAGACGAUCUUCGUCACUGCCCCUCACGAAAGCACCUCAGGCAUCAUAGGAGUCAACAAGAAGGGACAGGUUCUGUCGGUGAGCGUGGAGGAGGAGAACAUAGUGAACUACGCCACUAACGUGCUGCAGAAUCCUGACCUGGCUCUGCGGAUGGCCGUCCGCAGCGACCUGCCCGGGGCCGAGGAGCUCUUCACGCAGAAGUUUAACACUCUCUUCACACAGGGCAACUACACCGAGGCCGCCAAAGUCGCUGCCACCGCACCUAAAGGGAUCCUGCGCACAGCGGAGACCAUCCGGAGGUUCCAGUCUGUGCCGGCUCAGGGGGGCCAGGCGUCGCCCCUCCUGCAGUAUUUCGGCGUGCUGUUGGACCGUGGACAGCUUAACAGGCUGGAGUCAGUGGAGCUGUGCAGACCUGUGCUCCAGCAGGGCAGAACACAGCUACUGGAGAAAUGGCUUAAGGGAGAGAAGCUGGAGUGUUCUGAGGAAUUGGGUGACCUAGUGAAAGCAGCUGACCCCACCCUGGCCCUCAGCGUCUACCUCAGAGCCAACGUCCCAGCCAAAGUCAUCCAGUGUUUUGCUGAGACUGGCCAGUUCCAGAAAAUAGUGCUCUAUGCUAAAAAGAUGGGCUAUUCUCCUGACUGGGUGGCUUUAUUAAGGAGCGUGAUGAGGUCUGGGCCUGAUCAGGGAUUGCAAUUUGCUCAGAUGCUCAUACAGGACGAAGAGCCCCUGGCUGACAUAAACCAGAUCGUGGACGUUUUUAUGGAGGGAAAUCUGGUCCAGCAGUGUACGUCUUUCCUGUUGGACGCUCUGAAGAACAACAAACCAGAGGAGGGGCAUUUGCAGACACGCCUCCUGGAGAUGAACCUCAUUCAUGCCCCUCAGGUGGCAGAUGCGAUCCUGGGUAAUCAGAUGUUCACACACUAUGAUCGUGCUCAUGUAGCUCAGCUGUGUGAGAAAGCAGGCUUACUGCAGAGAGCACUGGAACACUUCACCGACCUCUACGACAUCAAACGAGCCAUCGUACACACACAUCUGCUCAACCCCGAGUGGUUGGUGAAUUUCUUUGGCUCUCUGUCAGUGGUGGACUCUUUGGAGUGUUUGAGGGCGAUGCUGACAGCCAACCUGAGACAGAACCUGCAGCUGAGCGUGCAGGUGGCCUCGAAGUACCACGAGCAGCUGGGCACGCACGCCCUGGUCGAGCUCUUCGAGUCCUUCAAGAGCUACGAGGGUCUGUUUUAUUUCCUGGGCUCCAUUGUCAAUUUCAGUCAGGAUGCAGAUGUUCAUUUUAAGUACAUCCAGGCAGCGUGUAAGACAGGCCAGAUUAAAGAGGUGGAGCGCAUCUGCAGAGAGAGCAACUGCUACGAGUCUGAACGAGUCAAGAAUUUCCUCAAGGAGGCCAAGUUAACGGAUCAGUUGCCUUUGAUCAUCGUGUGUGACCGCUUUGAUUUCGUCCACGAUCUCGUGCUGUACCUGUACAGGAACAACCUGCAGAAAUACAUUGAGAUCUAUGUUCAGAAGGUGAACCCCAGCAGGUUGCCGGUGGUAAUCGGGGGUCUGUUGGAUGUGGACUGUUCAGAGGAUGUCAUAAAGAAUCUGAUGAUGGUGGUCCGUGGAGACUUCAGCACCGACCAGCUGGUGGAGGAGGUGGAGAAAAGAAACAGGCUGAAGCUGCUGUUACCCUGGCUGGAGUCCCGGUUGCAGGAGGGCUGUGAAGAGCCUGCUACCCACAAUGCCUUGGCUAAGAUCUACAUCGAUAGUAACAACAGCCCCGAGCGUUUUCUCCGGGAGAACCCGUACUACGACAGCACCACGGUGGGACGGUACUGCGAGAAGAGAGAUCCGCAUCUCGCCUUUGUCGCCUACGAGAGGGGACAGUGCGACCUUGACCUCAUCAAGGUGUGCAAUGAGAACUCACUGUUUAAGAGUGAAGCUCGCUACCUCGUGCGGCGGAAAGAUCCAGAACUCUGGGCCACUGUACUGGAAGAGACUAACCCCUACAGACGGCCGCUCAUUGACCAGGUGGUCCAGACGGCGUUGCCUGAGACACAAGACCCUGAAGAGGUGUCUGUGUCAGUGAAAGCCUUCAUGACGGCCGACCUGCCCAAUGAGCUGAUCGAACUCCUGGAGAAGAUAGUGCUGGAAAACUCCAUUUUCAGCGAACACAGAAACCUGCAGAAUCUGCUGAUCCUGACGGCCAUUAAGGCUGACCGGACACGGGUCAUGGAGUACAUCAACCGUCUGGACAACUACGACGCCCCAGACAUCGCAAACAUCGCCAUCAGCAACGAACUGUACGAGGAGGCCUUCUCCAUCUUCAAGAAGUUUGAUGUCAACACGUCAGCUAUCCAAGUACUGAUAGAACACAUAGGCAACCUGGACCGUGCCUAUGAGUUCGCGGAGACUUGUGGAGAGGGGGCAGUGUGGAGUCAGCUGGCCAGGGCUCAGCUGCAGAGGGAUCUGGUUAAAGAGGCCAUUGACUCUUACAUCAAAGCAGAUGACCCCUCAGCUUACAUGGAGGUGGUCAGUGCCGCUAGCAGAAACGAUAACUGGGAGGACCUGGUGAAGUUUCUACAGAUGGCGAAGAAAAGAUCUCGGGAGUCAUACAUAGAGACAGAGCUCAUCUUUGCACUGGCUAAAACAAACCGCCUGUCUGAACUGGAGGACUUUGUGAAUGGCCCCAACAACGCUCACAUACAGCAGGUUGGAGAUAGGUGUUUUGAGGAUGGAAUGUAUGAGGCUGCCAAGCUGCUUUUUAAUAAUGUAUCGAACUUCGCCCGUCUGGCAUCCACUCUGGUUCACUUGGGAGAGUACCAGGCUGCUGUGGACAGUGCCCGCAAAGCCAACUCCACCCGCACAUGGAAAGAGGUGUGUUUUGCCUGUGUAGAUGGGGAGGAGUUCCGGUUGGCACAGCUGUGCGGCUUACACAUCGUAAUUCACGCAGAUGAGCUGGAGGAACUCAUCAGCUACUAUCAGGAUAAGGGGUAUUUUGAGGAGCUGAUAGUGCUGUUAGAGGCAGCGCUGGGAUUAGAACGUGCUCAUAUGGGUAUGUUCACUGAACUCGCCAUCCUCUACUCCAAAUACAAACCUCAGAAGAUGCGGGAGCACCUGGAGCUCUUCUGGUCCAGAGUCAAUAUCCCCAAGGUGCUUCGAGCAGCAGAGCAGGCCCACCUUUGGGCGGAGCUUGUAUUCCUGUAUGAUAAAUAUGAGGAAUAUGACAAUGCUAUCAUGACCAUGGUUACACAUCCCACAGACGCAUGGAGAGACGCCUCAUUUAAAGAAAUUAUCAGCAAGGUGGCCAAUGUGGAGCUGUGUUAUAAAUCACUGCAGUUCUACCUGGAAUAUAAACCACUUCUGCUCAACGACCUGUUGACAGUGCUGGCCCCGCGUCUUGACCACACGAGAGCAGUCAGCUUCUUUACAAAGGUGAAUCAGUUAAGGCUGGUGAAGCCAUAUCUAAGGUCAGUGCAGAGUCACAACAACAAAGCUGUCAAUGAGGCCUUAAAUAACCUCCUAACAGAAGAAGAGGACUACCAGGGUCUGCGUGCCUCUAUAGAUGCGUAUGAUAACUUUGACUCCAUUGAACUGGCUCAGAGGCUGGAGCAGCAUGAGCUGAUAGAGUUCCGGCGUAUAGCUGCCUACCUCUACAAGAUCAACCAGCGCUGGGCCCAGAGCAUACAGCUCUGCAAGAAAGACAAGCUCUAUAAGGAUGCGAUGCAGUACGCUGCUGAGUCGCAGGAUUCAGAGCAGGCUCAGGACCUGCUGCGCUGGUUUCUGGAGGAGGGCCGACAGGAAUGCUUCGCCGCCUGUCUCUUCUCCUCCUACGACCUUUUGGCCCCCGACGUGGUCCUCGAGCUGGCCUGGAAACACAACCUGCUGGACUUUGCCAUGCCCUACUUCAUCCAGGUCAUGAGAGAGUACCUCACCAAGGUGGAUGGGUUAGCGGAUCGGAUGAAGGUGGACAAACUGGAGGAGGCAGAAAAACAGAGAGAGACUGAGGCUGAAGUGACUGAAACUCCCUCAGUGGUUUAUGGUCAGCAGCUGAUGCUGACCGCUGCUCAGGCUCCAGUUGUGCCUCAGGCUGCUUACCCAGGUUACGGUUACACUGCUCCAGGAUUCGCCCCGCCCGUUUACGGGUUCAACAUACAGCCUUGA